CAGAGGGAGGGAGGAAGGAAACCUCCCUAGUGUGCAGACAAAAGAGUUUGGAGUUUGUUUACCUCCUCUGGUUCAGCGGUUUCCACACUGACGAGGCGAAUAAUUCAAGCAGUCCUGUCCUCAGCAGAAAGUCCGGGAUUUAUUACAUAUUUCAACGUUUUUUUAAUUCCACUGUUGUACGUUAAUGCGUUUGCUCACUUGGGACCUGUGGAUCAUAUUCGGACUUACGUUGAUUUGUAUUUUUGGCAUACUUGACAUCGUGUUAUUUGUGGAGCCAGCGGUUAUGCUCCGUCACUGACAUGAACCCUACGUCCAGACCAGCAAACCCGUCCGAUGACUCGACCGCAGUAACCGCAAAACAAGAGAGCGGGGGAGAUCCACCAGCAGUCACCGGUGCCGCUGGAGCUUCAGCGCAAACCUCCCGCUCGAACGACGACGGCAAGCGGAUCUCUGGUCACCCUGGCUCCGCCGGAGAAGGAGAAGAGCUAGAGUCGCCAAGUCGGUGCAGAAGCAAAGCUGCCGUUGAUAACCGAGAUAACCGUUGCUCCAGUGGAUAUUGCUCUUUCGAAGGCGACUCCCUGCCGAACUCCCCGCUCUCUCCGCGGCCACUGACAGCUGAUAAAUCCACGCAGACUCCGAGCCCCAGCUGCCAGGUGAUGAAGCACGCCUUGCUGCGCGUGGAUAAGGCGCACGGCGGAGGACCGGCGACGCAGCUGCAGCAUGGGAGCUCUCCCAGCCGCUCUAGCACACAGCAAGGAAGCGCAGCAGGGGACAUGGAGGCAGAGGCGGUCGGACAGGAGCUCCGACGCAUUGGAGACGACUUUAAUCGACUCUUCUUGUUACGGGGUGCGGCGGCUGGCAGAAAUAGACAUGUUGUCAUUCAUCCAUACCCGCUGCCGCAUGUCCACCAGGAGCCCACUGUGCUGUUCUGCAUGGGCAUCCUGCUCCUUGUGAUUGGACGGAUAAUCUACUUGCAAAGCAGUACGAACAGCCAGGACCACUCUCAGGUUUAGCCUUUGGAAAAACCCAGCAGACGUAGCAUUUUUUUCCCUUCAAUCAUUUAUUUGUGUUUUUGGAUCUGUCACAUCUUGUAUUGUGAGGGACCUAUUUUUCACUCUCCAGCCUUUGGACUCUGCUUGUUUUAAUUUUCUAAUGGAGAUUAUUUCUUUUACACCUUUAAGGAACUCUAAAAUGGCCGUGUUUUUUAAAUUUUGCACCUGCGUUUUUCCUUCAUGGUUUCUGAGCCUUUGCGACGCAACCAAAGAGCCAGGAGUUUGCACUCUUUACCAGCGUCGAGGCGGACAUGUCACCCAAAUAUGCCUCUCUGCAAAAUGAUGCCUGUGGAAAUUCAACUGUGCCUUGUACACAUUUUUUCAUACUAUUUUUUUCUUGAAAAGAAGCUUUUAUUAAGAGGUUUUUCCCUUUUUGUACAGAACUUAUGAGUUUCCCUGGGAGAUCAACUCCACAGACCCAGGGUUGUAAAAGAACGAGGGUCCCGUUAAUAGAACUUUCCCACAUCUUUUCCCCCUGACCGUUUCAGGCAGGGAAAAAUGAUGCACUCCACCGUCACGUUAGGAUCCAGCAUGCAACGAACUCAUGACAUGUGUGGUGACCAGGCCAAAGAUUGAAUUUUUAUCCAGCAUUUUUCAUCAAAAGUUUUUGCUACCAUGAAAUGCGUCUCAUGUCUUCGACACGUCAACUGUAUGUUUGUGUUUUUAAUCGCAGAAUUGUCGCCUUUGAAUCAUUUGAGUACUAAAUGACACGGCUGUUGAGUGAUGACCAUCAAAUGUCAUGUCAUGCUAUAUUAUGCAGAUGUAAUCCAGAUUCAUAUUCCAGGAAGAAGUGUUUAAACAUUUGAUGUGAAGCCCUUGUUCAGGAUGAUGUUCAGAACAUUGACCGAUUGUAAAAGACAUCACUGGCUGACUAAAAUAAACUAUCUAGAAUAUAUGUGUCCUGCACUAAGCAGCACAUGAUACAUGGACAUCUCAAAUAAUUAGUCUAUGAACCACAUUUUCCAUUAGAGAAAAGGUCAAUUGUUAUUUUUAUUUAGUUAAAUUUGAGCCACAGCAGCUCCUGCUCCUCCUGUAACAUGGAUUUAUUCUUUCAAAGGUACUUUAAGGCUGCUGAGCAAAAUUUAUAGUCGUGGAAAAUUGCAAAACUAAUGUUUCCCAAGUCCUUUACAACUUACUAAACAGCAGUUAGUAUAAAAUGGAUGGUCUGACCUGUUCAUGUGGAAACCUGCCCAGACAGAUUUAAUGAUACCUUUUUUUUCAUUCACUGUGAAGAACAAGUAAAAAUGCUCUUCUUAUACUAAUUUGAUGAAACCGUACUAGCCUCUGAGUAACUGAUACCACACACACACACACAUACACACACACAUAAGCCUGUGCCAUUUAGCACAUGGCACACCUCCACCACAGCUACAAACAUUUCAGAAUCUUUUUUUUUCUUACCUAAAACCUUCACUUCACCUAUAACUUCACAUGUGAAUGCAAAUAUUCCAUUUCCUGAUUUCAGUCAUUUAAACUAUUAAACGGUGUCAUUCCAUGCAGACGUGUUUACUCAUCUUCUGCCUUUCAUAUCAACCAACCUCACGUCGACGUUGUUGUUUUGUUUCUAUAACAAGUGGUCAAACCGUUCUGUCUUCUACUGUUCUUUGUGUCAGCCUCUGGAUUUACCAUUAUAACAGCCAGACUGGGUGCAGCUUACGUGCAUUGGUUUGUAGACAAGGUCAUGUUAUCCAUUUAUUAGCUUAGUGAUUCAGACUCAGGCCAAGUUUCCUCACGCCUGCCAGGUCAUUAAACACUCACGGCAGAGAUUUCUGGAUAGAAACCAAAAACUGAAUCAUGUGGCGUCGAAGAGGGUUUUUUGUUAUUGGCUGGUUAUCUAACAGUAACAGCAAACAGUGGAGAUACAGAUUCAGAGGAGGUACAUUUAUUCUUUGUGCUUAUUGAAACAUAUCAGUUCUGGCAAGGCUUUUUAUUUUACUAGUUAGUGCUUGAUAUGUGAUUACUGAGACACGUGUUGUCAGAUAAAGCUGAACGAUAAAACAGCCUGUUCUAUUCAUUUAUGCAUAAAAAUAUGAAAUGCCUCUUGUGUGGAUAAGUGGAUAGUUUUCUGUUGGUGUCUUCAGCAAACAGUUUUAAGUGUUUGUAAAAACUAAUAAAUAAGCAAAGAAGAAAUUGACCCAAGCACCUUAUAUUUUUUUUUAUCAUAGGUUAAUUAAAGAACAUUUGAGUUUACUAUGAGGGAAGUUUACCACGUGUCCAUUAAACAGGAAAAUGUGGCCCAAACUGUGCUCUAAUGAUUAGAGCACAGUUUGGGCCACAUUUUCCUGUCUGAUCCAGACCAAGAAAAGAAAACUCACCAAACCCGACAAACAUCCGGCUUAUUGUGUUUGAACUCAUCAAAGUCACAUCCUCCAUCCUUAGCAGAGAUAAGAUCAGCUGAGUCCUCACUGCGUACAGUGUAACUUAAUCAUGUCACCAGCACUGACUGGACCGGAGUCAACAGACUAAAUAUCUAUCAACGUGCCUGAACAUUAUCUCAAAACAUUUUAUUAAGACAAUACUCCUGUUGGGUACAUAAGCCAAACUAACCAGUCAGUGUUGUCAUCCAGAGCUCACGUGACAUGUGAAAUAGAACUUGUUUGGUUCUUACUCGGACUCGAGUGUUGACUGUUUGGUCUGUUGAUUUCUGCCACUCAUUUAUCAUAUCAUAAUGAAGCUCUUCUGUAUUAAAGCUCCUCUUUUUCUUCCCGUCAUUUGCUACCGUUAACAUUUCCCUUGUUCCUGUCCAGCUUCACCUCCUGUUCAGAGAGAACCGCCUCUUUUUAGAGUUCUUGCUCCUGAUUGGAUGAAGCACUUCAUUCCCCUAGAUUUACUGUCAGAGCCCUGAGACAGACAGACAGACAGACAGACAGACAGACAACAAAGUCACAGAGCAAACACUCUAGAUCACUGACAGCAGUCAGAAUAUAGAUAUUUUCAACACAUAUUUAAACUAAACUAGCUGCACUCACUGCAGUUUUAAUGAGAGUUAGAUGUGUUUACAGCCUACACUGUUAAGAAGUGGCCAUAAUAUUAUGUUUUACAUUCACAUAUUUUACAUAAAGUGACAGUGACAUCAAUCAAGGAAUUAAAUAAUUAGUGUUAAAUGUUGAUCCCUAUUUAUUUAUGUCAGUGGAGCACUGGAGAUGACAUGACACAGACUCUUUUUAGUGACUCGACUACACUCCCUUCCUUAAAAAAAAUCAAAACAUAACUUUAGAUUAACUGGUAAUAUUUGAAACUGGGAUAAUCAGGUUAGUUUGGCUGUCCCAGAUUUCUACAUCAAGAGUCAGAGAAAUGCCCUUGCAAUGCAAUUUAACUGAGAGGUGGACAAAAUGACUUUGCCCUUGUUAUUUGUGUCGUGUGUGUUGGAACAAAUGUGUUUCAUUCCCUCUGAGGUUACCCAGACAAGAAGUGCAAAUCAGAGAGGCAACAGGAGUUUGUUACACAAUUAAAAACCAAAUUCAUCCGAGUGUGUUUGAGUCACUCUUGGAUGUUUGCACAGUUCUGUCAACACCCAUUCAUCACAGAUUAAGUGUGAUUUGGCUUUCAACAUCAUUUUAAACUCUCAUUCGAAAACUGCGUCACCUCUCCGCUCGGUGAUCGGCCUGUUUUAAAUCAGCUGUGUCAUAUUCAAAAAGGUCUCACAGUGUUGCUGCAUUAAAGUGACAUGACUGAUUCAUUUCCCUGGACAAAAUGGACAGAAGGAGCUGCUUUAGUACAGAUGUAGAAAUCCCUCAGACUAAUCCACAUCUGACAUGGCAGCCGUCUCACAAAGAAUAGUGGUUUGAGGACAGAGAUCCCAAAGUUACAUGUCGUAAACAGUGGAUUAGACGUGAAGUGCACAAACCGACAGCAACACAAAGCAUAACCCCGAGGCAGGGCUAGAAUCCUCAACAAUAGUUGUUGGAAGCAACACAAAAUGAACACAAAUAGACACAUACUGACUAUAAAAAACAAAAAAUGGAAGAAAAUGCAUUGUGUGUUGAUCCCACUGAGAAUGAGCAUAGCAGGUGUUUUAUUGUUUUCAAUAAAAUCAAGGGUCAGGGUGGAAACUGAGAGAGAAAUCUAACCACUAUUAAUGUCCUAGGACUUAAAAUGUAAUUCUUAACUCUUCAGUCUUACCCCACACCAUUCAAAUCAUUUGAAAUGUGAGCCUGGGCAAAGCGACUUCCACUGUUACAAGUGUAAAAAGUUAAGCUUAAAAAACUUGUUGUGUCAUGAAAUCACCACUCUUUUGUUGCACUUUUCAGUUUCUAGUUGCGUUUCCCUCUUUCUCUUUUCCUUUCCUGACAGUCAUUUGGAGAAAAAAAGAUGAACAUUUCACACAAACCAACAUCUUGCACUCUUCCUGUGCACCCUAACCCUUAACCCCCCCCCCAACACACACACACACACACACGCACACACACACACACCCUCCUCGCUGUGACACUGACAGCGCUGUGACUGCAUGUUGACUUGUGAUAUUGUGCCAUGUGAAACCCAAGACCUCAUUUUGAAGUACUGUAUUACAGCUGGAGUGUGAGAGGAGAGAGCAUGGCAGGGUGGAAACAGAAACAUGAAUUGCCGCCUUCUGAAACUGAAAUGGAAACCUGUGUUGAUUCACUGCUUACGUCUGACUUCCAGCAUCAACUCUGCUGGAGCCCCUUCAGGAAACUGUGUUCCAGAUAUGUAUUUGUCUUGAAACUUUUUUUUAAAGGAACGGGAGACUCUUUGAAAUUUUGUUGUGAGGAAAGUUAACAUUUAUACCUACUGUUGUUGUUGUUUUUUACUAGGGGCCACAUCCUCAUAAAGAGGAUUCUGUACUUUUUUGCAAACAAAUGUAAGUCGUAAAAAUUGCAUAGGCUGGCUUUGUUCACAAAAGCUAAUGGAUAUUUUACAAGUGUGUUAAACUGUCUUUUGAUGCAUAAUUCGCUUUGCCUGGAACACGCCGUGGUAUUGCAUGUGUUUUGUUUUCCUUUCUUUUUUUAGUUUUGUCCUCCUGUUGGUUAAAAAUACUGUGUAUACAACUGUAUUUGUUCUUGACUUAUGGGAGAUCCAAUCACACUUGGUCACUGGAGAUGAAUAUGGAGACUGUCAGGUGGGGAUUUCAUGUGUAUGGGCUCCUCCCACAAGUGAAUGGAUCACCCCAGAUACAUAAUAAUUAAUGUGUGGUAUGAAUGCAGCCUGUGUUGUGCUUUGCUGUGCAGAAAUGCAAAUGUUGGAGUCUGAGUGUGAAUUUUAGCGACAAAGUAAAUGACAAGUACCCAGUACGACUGUAGCAAUGUUUGGUUUUUUUUGUACUUUUAUUUUACACUGAAAAUAUUGUAAUUAUGCUGUUUCACUUUCUGUAAAUAAAGCCCUUUUAACUUUUUA